AUGUCACAGACGAGCAGGAACUUCAGGAGAACUCAGGGCAGGAAACCACAAACCGCACAAACACAGGCAGACUCUGCGGAUUGGAACGGCAGUGGACGAUGGAGAAAGUCAUCGGGUUAUGCUAGUGGUGGGGGCUCGAGUGCAGGGCCUCCUCAUUCUCCCUGUGGCGAUACAGAGGAAGAUAAUGGCGAGAUGACAUGUUUGAUCUGCGCGGACACGCUGAGAUACGUGGCAUUGUCGCCCUGUAACCAUACCACCUGCCAUAAAUGCGCCUUCCGCCAGCGUGCAUUGUAUGAGAAGAAAGCCUGUCUGGUGUGCCGUACUGAGCAUGAAUACCUUAUUUUUACCGACCAAAUCAAGGCUGAGCAUGCCCGUUUUGGACCACGAGACAUCGUUGCGGUGGACGACAGGUAUGGGAUCCAGUUCACCAGCUUGAAUGCGGAGUCUGUAACAUUAAGCCUAUUGAAAUAUAACUGUCCUUAUGGUGAUGUCCCGGAAUUUGACUUGGAUUCGUUCAAGAACUAUAACGAACAUUUGAAGAAUGAGCACAAGCGGAGCAUUUGUACUAUCUGUGCGCGGCACAGAAAACAAUUUCCCGCCGAGAUGAAGACGUUAACGCCCAAUCAACUUAAGAUACAUAAUACCAUCGGCGACAGUAAGGGCUUCACCGGCCAUCCGCUGUGUGGUUUCUGUUCUGGGAAACGCUUUUAUUCCGAUGACGAGCUCUAUAUCCAUAUGCGCGAACGUCACGAGAAGUGCCAUAUUUGCGACCAAGUUGAUUCUACCCAACCGCAGUACUUCAAGGAUUAUGACCAAUUGUUUGAACAUUUCAAGCACUCGCAUUAUAUCUGUGCUGUUAGGUCGUGCCUAGAUUCUAAGUUCGUCGUGUUUGCCGACGAUCUGGACCUUCAAGCACAUAUGCUAAAAGAGCACCCUAACAUAAUGGGAAACAAGAGUACCAUCUCACUGACUGCUGGGCGGCGAUACCGAUCUGAACUUUCUUCUGGGUUCACUCCAAACGUCUCCCGCGCCGUGCACGAAACGUCCUCGAGCAAUGCACUUGCAUUGGGCCCGUCUGUGUCUCCAGUAGCGACCGCUGAAUCACCUGAGAUGAAGCGCAAACGUCUUGAAGAACGUGCGAGACAUUAUUUGAACUAUUCCCAAAGCGAAAUGAAGCUAUUUGAACAGAUAAACAACGACUAUAACAAUAAUGUCAUAUCGGCCACAAGUGUACAAAGACGGUAUGACCAACUUUUUAGAAAUCCGGAGGCAGAUACACACUUGUUACUUCGCAAUUUCGCGGACACUUUCCCGGAGGGUUCCUUGAAGUAUAAAGAAUUGAAUGCUAUUUACCAGGCGGAACAGGAGAAGCGUGAACGCCAAGCUAAGUUUCCAUCUCUGUCCACCAAUCCAUGGUAUAGCGCACCAGUUGUCGGUGCGGCUUGGGGUAAAAAUGGGGGCAAAUCAUCUAGUUCACGGAACUUCCCUUCUCUGAGCUCUGCCCUGACUGAUUCAUAUCAAAAUGUUACACCGCAACCGAAAAAGCCUGUGCCAUACAGGCCAACAUCGCCUGUAGCAUCCUCAUCAACGCAGGUGCAAAAUACGAAACGCAAUUCAAAUUACACACCAACUUACCUGAAGAGUAAGACUAAGGGCGAAUCUAGAGCACAGUCUAAUGCUGCACUGUUUCCACCGCUGUCCUCCCCAGACACUAAGAAGUUCCGUGCUCCUCCGGUCAACGAGUUGCCUGACCCGAAGCAGUGGGGGAAGUCCAAGAGAGAACCGUCGCGUUCCGCUGAGGCCCUAGAUAUGAGUCCAAUAGAAAGUGCCCUGCCAACCAGUGGGAAGAGCAAGGGGAAACAAAAACAAAAACAGUUACUGUUCCAUGUAGGUCUCUAA